AUUGAACCAUGUUUCCUGCCGAACGAUGUCAAACUGGUCGUCGAGGAUCAACAUCUUCACGUAAACAGAGAUUUACUCGCAUCGGCGUCUCCCGACUUUGCGGCUUGGCUGAAGGAUGAGUGGCAGGAUCACCAACAGGCAGACACCACACUGCGGUUCACAGGGAAAACCUACCAUGAUAUGUCAAUAUUUAUGAAGUGUCUUCUGCCGUCAUUCCCCAAACAAGUAACUAAUAAAAAUUUGGAUAUAGUACUCUCUUUAGCAAACGAGUAUCAGACAGCAGACUUGUUACGUAAAUGUGUUGAAGUCAUCAACCAGCGCGUGGAAUCACUUUCCGAGGUCAGUAUAUACAUACCGCCCUCCCGGAUAGUCACAUAUUUACGCUGGAUCGAGAAGUUCAACAUUGACGAUGCAAAAGCAUGCGUUGUGAAGUCAGCAUCGUACCUAGAGGGAAAAAAACUCCAGAAAGAACCAGGCUACAAGGAUAUCGGAUAUGAACUUAAACUUGAGAUAUCUUAUGCCAGAGCCGAACUUCUAGAAAGUCUAUUUGUGGUGACUGUUGAAGAGAUUAUGG